UCGAAUGUUAUCACUCGAUUGAAUGGGCGUUAUCAGUGGUUAUCAGCUCAUAUAUAAGGGCCAGCAGGGGCCUGCUGCGCCUACUGGUAGGCUCAGAAGGCUGUUAUCAUCCAUCCACAUGGUUAAUCACCGACAAAUACAAGAGAAGACUCCAGAUCCAAUACCAGAGGAAUCCAGCUCGCCGGUAAUCGGAGGUCUACUGAAUGACGCAGCGACGUCGCAAUAUUUCGCGCUUGAUAUUUUCAGAUAUGGGAAAAACAGUUAAGACCACACGUUCCAGGAGCGUGAAGAUUAAGGUGGUGAGGAGGUGUAUCGUUGGCCCUGCAAAGGUUUCUUACCUUAGUCAAGGUCUUCCCCAGCCCAACUCCAAACAGACCGACCCGACUAUUACAUCUCAACAGGCUGAACCCGAUGAUGUGGCACCGAGCUGUAGUUCUUGUUCUGAGAGUGCAUACAAACAUGCUGAUUACAGGUGCAUUGAGUGCAGCAGCACUGCAGUGUUUUGUGAGGGUUGUCUGAAGAGGACUCACAGAAAUUCACUGCAUCUUUCUGAUAAGUGGAAUAAUGUCUACUAUGAGCCAUCCUCCCUGGGGUUAUUCCUAUAUUUACCUGAAGGCCAUAGCACCCAUGCUGUGUACACAAAGGACAUGAAGGUCAUUGUCAGCACAGGACGGCUCUGCACCGUCACAGUCAAUAUGUGUGCAUGUGAACCAGAAACCUGUACUUUGCUCAGGUAUGGUCUCUGGCCGGCAACAGCCGACAAGCCCCACACAGCCUUCUCCAUACCUCUGCUAGAGCUUUUUGUUUGUCUGUCACUGGAGUGUCAGGUUUCUGUUGAGGGUUUUUGCAACACCCUGCGCUGGAAAAACAACCUCACACUUGCAGAGGUUAACACACUCUACAGAGCCCUGGUGGGAGAAUCCAUAUCCCAUUUUAGGCAUCACCACUUCCGACAAAGAAGUUUGGUAGAUAUUUGCCCACAAUUAGAUGAUGGGACCAUAUGCCCAGCAUGCCCAAAGGCGGAUGGGGAUAUGAUUGUUACAUUGGAUGCCAACUUUGGCCUUGUGAGGAAGCACAGCUCAGGUACAAGUGCGGUUGAGCCAUUACACGGAACCCGCAUGUUUGUUAAUGAAAAGGAUGUAGAGGAAUACCUGCUAUCACAUCUUGACAGCUCAAAGCCUCACGAGGACUGCAGUAACUUCAAGGCUGGCAACGUGCUGAGGUCACAAAAACAAGCAAAUAAACUUGAUGUUACAGGAGUGUUUGGAGCCUCUUGUCGUCAUGAAAUGCCCCUAAUGUUUGUCAACAUGAGCCAAGGAGAACGAUUAGCCUAUCCCCUGUAUGUCAUCGAUGAGCUACUUCGAAGAUGUGAGGACAAGAACAUACACCUGCGAGUAGUCUAUGACAUUGCCUGUGUUGUUGCCUCACAUUUGCAUAAAUCAGGAGAGGGCAUACCACACAACAUCUCCUUGGCCAUACCAGCAUUUCAUGUUUAUGGACACAAACUGCCCUGCCAGAUCAAGUACAGCACUAGGCGGCUCGAUGGGUUUGGACUCACAGACGGGGAAGGAAUGGAAAGGCUGUGGUCUUUUCUCCGAAGAUUUGCCAGAGUCACAAAGGAGAUGACUCCAUCUCACCGCCUCGAUCUGUUGACUGAUGCCCUUUUGCAUUAUGGACGGAGGAAAUCAACUGACCUAGAGAUGCAGCUCCUGCAAAGACUAGACAGAGCAGAGAAAAUAUCAAUUCUCGCUCAAGAAGACAUCUCAUCUGUCAUCAGAGACGCACCAGUGUUGGUUUCUGAGGGAGACAUGGAGAAAUGGAAGAAAAGAGAGAUGGAGCUAGCCCAUCAGAAACAGAGACCAAUAAACACUGUCUGUAAAUGGAAAAGGGACUACAUCAUCCAGCUGAUUCAGUUCUACAAGUUCAAAUCUGGGACUCGUGAGUCGUACAUGGAGUGUGAAACAGAAAUUGAGGACUCUCUGCUGAACAUAGAGAAAAAACACCGGAUUGGGAGAAGAUGGCAAGAAUCUGACUCAGACUUCCAGUCUACCCUUAAAGAUGUUGACUGUGAGCUCAGAGGACAACUAAUCUUCAAAGCUAGAACCGAAUCAAGGGAGAGAACAGUCCUCCUCCAUCUGAAAAGAAAAUAUCCAGAUGGGCAGGGCAUUGCCAUUAGACUUUCCAAGCAGAUUGCCAGCUCCAACAAGAGACUGAGACAGGCAAUAAAAGAAUACAACUGCAUUCAGUGGCCACCACAGAUGAGCAUCUUCCCUACAAUAAUUGAUUUUCAGGAAGCAUGUGAUCCCUCUGACAUCCCCUCUCCCAAAAUUGAGGACUCUCUGCUGAACAUAGAGAAAAAACACCGGAUUGGGAGAAGAUGGCAAGAAUCUGACUCAGACUUCCAGUCUACCCUUAAAGAUGUUGACUGUGAGCUCAGAGGACAACUAAUCUUCAAAGCUAGAACCGAAUCAAGGGAGAGAACAGUCCUCCUCCAUCUGAAAAGAAAAUAUCCAGAUGGUCAGGGCAUUGCCAUUAGACUUUCCAAGCAGAUUGCCAGCUCCAACAAGAGACUGAGACAGGCAAUAAAAGAAUACAACUGCAUUCAGUGGCCACCACAGAUGAGCAUCUUCCCUACAAUAAUUGAUUUUCAGGAAGCAUGUGAUCCCUCUUGGCAAGUCUACUUCUGCUUUGAUGACACUAUUGAAGAAGAUAAUGUUUCGAGGACUCUAAAAAGGCGAGGGAUUGAUGCCUUACAUAUGAAGACUCGGGCAGCUGAGGAAAAGCGCAUGCUUUAUCAGGAAAUGAGAACUGUAAUUGAACACCUCCAUCAGCAGCAUGCCUUUCUGUGCUCUGCCAUCAAAGACACAGAUCAGCCUGGUGCAAAAGCUGCGCUCACCCAACGUCUCCAUCAGCUGGAAAGAAAACGAUAUCAAGCCACUGUGAUGUUUCACCCACAUGUACCAGACAUUGUUCCUGUAGACAACUCCUACUUGUGUCAGGCCCUCCCCAUGUCAAGCAUACAGACACUAGUAUACAAUGAUGAUGGUGAUAAUGAGGAUGACACUGAGGAUGACCAUGAUAACUAGGAAUGUAAUCACUGGUAUGACAGGACAGGGCCUGUAUUUACAAAGUUCACAAAGACGUGUUGUUUUAAUAGGUCUGAUCUAUUUUAAAGCUUAGGUACUAUAUUUAAGCACAUAUUGCCACUAGUAUAUGAGUACAAAAUUGUGUGUUUACCAUAUUGUGAUAUUACUUAUUUAUUGUAAUGUACAAAUGUGGUUAUGUGUGAGAGCUUUGUUUUCUUUUUAGUGAGCUCACCAAACCAAAUCCCCUUCAACUGAGUUGAAAUGACAAUAAAGUAUGGAAUCUUGAA